GCUCUCUGCGACCCGUCGCGUAUAACUGGGCAAAUAAGUCGUAAUCGCGCUGUCGCUUAGGACGGCUGUUUUAUGCCGCGCAUAAACCGUGAAUUGAUACAUAGUAAAAAGUUGUAUAAAAAAAAUUCUCAUGUUUCUUUUCUUCUCAAAACAUUUCAUCGAAUUCGCCACCGUGUAUAUAGUGUAUGACUCAAAUACAUUACCUAAUGUAUUUUUAUACGUAUAAAUUAUUAGUGCCACCGCAAAAUAUACCUGGAAUAAUUAGCUACGCGUAUUGCACAAAAUAAAUACUGUAGAAUCUUCGUUAUCCGAACAUCGUUUUAUCAAAUGAACGUCCGACUAUUAUCAGGAAACAAUAAUAAACAUAUGUCACAAAUUGCACAAUGUUUUCAUAGUUUCACUUAUAUAUGUCACUCACCUACAAUGAGAUCUGAUCGGUGAAUGUAUAAUGACGAAAAUGUCGCUUAGUUACUUCCAUGGAGGAAGGAGCAGCAGGUGUUUAAAAGGUGUAUAUCACGCCUUGACUUCCGAAUAAUCGCCAAUGUGAUAUGUUGCCGUAAUGUCCCUCACUUUGAGAACAAACAGAUGGGCCUCACGAAUAAUCAUUAUAUUGCAUCUGAUCAUCUGGAAUGCCGUCGGUAUCGUCCUUCUUCAAAAAGGUGUUAGUACCUUGCAGAGAAGAAUGCUGGAAAAAACAAACCACAUUAAGACAAAUUCAUCGAUCGGUUUGUCUAUCGAAUCCACCACGUUCUCUAUAAAACGUACCGGAAAUGAAUAUUCGGAUCUCGCCAUAAUUUCCGCCCAGCAACCACUGACCGAUCAUCGGAAUGGGAAGAUUAUAAUUCAAAUAGAUCCAGAAUCGUCUUUAAAUAAUAAUGACAGAAAAUAUCCUAAAUUAAAUGUAAUUAGUCAAGCUUUGAGAAACGAGUUGGAGAUCGUUUCGGAUGAAAAGGAUAAAAAUUUGCGUAGUGUAGAAAAUAAUUUAACGGAAGUGAAUCGUCAUCCGGAAAGUAAAAACGCGCCGAACAGAAUCUCGAGGAUAGUUCGCGACAGGGAACAUAUCUUCAGUAACAGAAUCUGGAAAAAUCUUUAUGAGGAUGAAAAAAACGCCACGAGUUUAGAAUCCAGUUCCGAAUCGAAGGAGGAGAAAAAUCUUAAUUCCGUGAAUGAGGACGCGUCCACGAAAUUAUUUACCCGCGAAAAUAACGAUCGAGUCUCAAAUAAUAAUAAUAACAACAACAAUAAUAAUAAUAUCCCUCGGAGAGGCAGCAGCAGGAAAUUUUCUCACAACGGCGGUGCGGUCACCGCAGUCGCCAUGGUCUCGAUCGGGGCGAUCAUGUUGCUGGUGGGGCCAAUCGUGAUCAUCCUACGUAUCCUGGACGAGAAGAGACAAGCGAGGAAGCUGCACGCGUUGUCGGCCGCUGUGCGCGAAGAUCUGCCACCCAGCUACGAGCAGGCCGUCUUCUCGAGCGAGGCACCGAGAUACUCGACCCUCGCCCUGAACGACGAUGACAGCUCGCCACCUCCGUCACCCACUCUCGUGUCACCCAUCUUCUCCAAUUCUGCGAUCAAGUCCACGUAGAUUAAUCAUUGUUACCUUUUUAUAUACAAGAUGAUUUAUAUAUAUAUAUAUUAUAUUUGUUUUAAAACUA